AGGGUCCGACUCCACCAUGAGGUUAUCUGUCGUUCUUGUUUCGGUGUUGUUCCUCCCGCUCAUCGAGGCUCAGGUGCCUCACUGGGGGCCGUGUCCAGAACCGACAGUUCAACCGGCAUUCAACCUUAAACAGUUCAUGGGGAGAUGGUUUGAAAUUGCCAAGCUGCCGGCCCAGUUUGAGAAGGGACGAUGCAUCGAAACCAAUUUCACUUUGACAACGGACAGCUCCAUCCGAGUGGUCAGCUCGGAGAUACUAAAAGGAGAGCUGAGGAAAAUCGAAGGGAUUGGUGUCAUAGAAGAUAUUAAGAAUCCGGCCAAGCUGGGAAUAAGUUAUUCCUAUGUGCUGCCAUACUCCCCUUACUGGAUCCUGUCCACUGACUAUGUGAACUCAGCCCUGGUCUACUCCUGCACGGACAUCCUGAGACUCUUCCACGUAGACUUCGCCUGGAUCCUGGGCCGAACACGAUCCCUGCCCGACUCCACUGUUCAGAAAGCAAGGGAGACCUUUGCAAAAAACAACAUUGACGUGAGCAGGAUGGUGGCCAGCAGGCAGCAAGGCUGUGACAAAACUCUCUAGAAAAUGUCACAAGAUGGUGCUGUUCAUGACAGACGGAAAAGAUGCUUCGACAGCUGUUCCACUUUUGUUUGAGCUUUUACUAAUACUUGUGCUGAUCAUGACCAGGAGGGUAUACUCAACUCUGUUUCUCAGUUUAUUUAGAUCUGGAGUCUUUCUGCCUUCAUAAGAUUAUUUGUUUACAGCUGAAGGUAAAAGCAUGUCACUACAGAACAUCAUGUAGUUGAAUUGGAGGAUGUGUAGCAUCCUCGUUGUUUGUUAACAUAUCAUCAACGGGUUUCAUUUUAUCUGGGGGUAAUGUUUUACACAACUUUAAACAUCCAUAUGUAUUUUUGGUCACAAUACAUUCCUGUUCCCAUUGCAGUUUGAAAUUGAAGAAUCAAAUGUGGGGCAUAUUCUAUUUAUAAAAACAAUGGGAUAUAAAUACUGCAAACUGCAGACACAAGGAAUCUAAUAAAAGACAAUAAAGGUUUGUGAAACUUACUUCAUGUGAUUCAUAUUGGUCAUGAGUUUGCAAUUCAGAGUCACAACAAAAACUGAUUUUAAACAUCCGUGGAUGAAAGGUGUUCACUUCCCUCUUUAAAACUUUUUAAAUGAACUUCUAUGAAAUUCAGGCUUUUGAAACUAUUAAGACAUUGACACCUUAAUAGAACAUGAUGACUGUGUUAAAGAGUAAUACAUUCAGUAAGACGCAGGGCUAAACCUAAGAACACAUUGAAAUAUCUACACACUACUUUACAAUCAGCACUUUUCCCCAUACUGUCUUAAUUUGUGUGUUAUUUUUUAAGGCAGAAUAUCCCCAUGAAAGCUCACCUCAAAACAUGCUGCGGAACCUUUGUGUGUUGAUUCCGCUACCUGGUCGGAUUUAUUUUCAUGUGGCGCUGCAUUAGCCUGAGUUUGUAGUGGAGCAUUUGAUGAAAAUCUGAAGAUUAGACGCCCGGUGUUUUGGGUUAUCCAUGCCACUGAAGGAUCCGUCCAACUCGACCGCCAUGAAACCAGCAGUGGACGAGAUGUUUCCGGAGGGAGCCGGGCCGUACAUGGACCUGGACGAGAUUAUGAGGAUUUGUUUGAUGAUGACGACAUCCAGUGACUUGAGGCUAAAAUGUCUUCACAGUAAAGAUGGAUGAUAUUCGCACCACUCUGAACCUUUUAUUUUUUCCUCAACCUUUUUUUUUUUUGUGUGUGGAAAGCAAACCACCCAUUUUCUGUCUAAUGACAUACAAUUUCCUUUCAUAGUCGUUCUAGUUUGAGGCUUUUUAAAGCAUCCUUAAAAAGUCGACACAGGCUCCAGAUGUUGUGAAAUUCUCAAGAUCCCAAGGAUUCCUUCAUAUAUGGUAUGUUUAAAUUAUGAGCUUGUAUCGUGCUCAUGUCUCAGACUGUUUCUGAACUGGAUUGCAGGUUUCAGAGUGCAGGAGAACACCUGUUAGAAGUGUAAUUACACCUAUGAUGGGCAGAGGCUCCUAUUGCUGUCGCCAUGCAUGCUGCAGGUGGCAUAUGAUAAAUGGUCUGUUACAAUGGCUUAAACUAUUCGAAUGACAGUAUGUGUUAGACUCACAUUCUGCAGUGGGUUAUGUAAUGUCAUAAUGUGUUCGUAUGUGUACAGUAGUAAUGCAUCCAUUGUUGUAUUUUUGUGAUAUAUUCUAUUUGUGACACUGUUUAAACAUGUAUAAAUAGUAUUUUGAAUUUA